ACACACAACUUCUCAAUAAUGUUUGCACAAUUGAUUGGACCAAGGGGUUUUGCUCUUCUGCGACACUGGCAAUUGGACAAUACUCCGCUGGUGCACUCUAAGAAAUACACAAUAGCUUUGGAGAUCAGGGAGUACAGCAAAGACGCAUCCAAGAAGGGCAAGGCGCCAGGCAAGAAGGACAAUGCGACAGACAAGAAGGGAAAUUUGCCAGUUAAGAACGUCACAUCCAAAGCUGCACCGCCAAAGGAAGCCAGCAAAAAGGACAUCAAGGUGGCCGCUGUGAAAUCGAGUGCUGCAAGCGAUAAAAAACCAGAUGUGAGCAAAACUUUCCGUCAAGCAAAAAUAACGCCGUUCAAAGGGAUGUUGAGCAAUACAAAAUCAGAGUUUGGGCCACUGAAAGAUUGCGAUCGUAUCUUUCAAAAUUUGUAUGGGUUUCACGAUUGGCGCUUGAAAGGCGCUUGCCAGCGUGGGGAUUGGUAUCGCACGGCGGAUCUGCUGGAUAUGGGUGCCAACUGGAUAGUGGAUGAGGUGAAGCGUAGCGGAUUGCGCGGUCGCGGCGGCAGCGGCUAUUAUACGGGCAAUAAGUGGGAGUUCCUGCAGAAAGUGAAUGCCAACAAUAAGAUACUGAUACUCAACUGUGCUGAGGGUGAGCCGGGCACGUGUAAGGAUCGUGAAAUACUACGCCACGAGCCGCACAAAAUAAUUGAGGGCUGCCUAUUGGCCGGUUAUGCCAUGGGCUGUGAGAAGUGCAUCAUCUAUGUACGCAAUUGUUUCUACAACGAGGCAUGCAAUCUACAAUUUGCCCUGGCGGAGGCCUAUCGAUACGGUCUGCUUGGUUGCAAUGCCUGCGACACGGGCAUCAAGUUUGAUAUCCAGGUGCAGCGAGGCGAUCGUUAUUUGUCGGGUGAGGAGACGGCUCUGGUUAAUUGCCUGAUGGGUAAGCUGGCCAGGCCGCGCAAGCGUCCGCCUUAUCUGCAUGAACAGGGCUACUUUGAUCAUCCCUGUUUGGUGCUCAAUACGGAAACUCUGGCCGUCGUGCCCACCAUUUUACGGCGUGGCGCCAAGUGGUUCACGGGACUUGGACGCAACAUGAAUUUCGGCACAAAACUGUUCAGUAUAUGCGGUCAUGUGCAACAUCCUUGCACCGUCGAGGAGGAGAUGUCGAUGCCGUUGCGUGAAAUCAUUGAUAUGCAUGCGGGCGGUGUUUGCGGUGGCUGGAAUAAUCUGCUAGGUGUCUUUCCGGGUGGUCUGUCCUCGCCACUGAUCGGCAAGGUGGGUGCAGAGGGGUUGCUUAUGGAUUACGAUUGCCUCCAGAAGGCGGGCAGUUCAUUCGGCACCGGCGGCAUUAUUGUCGUCUCGAACAACUGUGAUCCCCUCCUCGUCAUGCAACGCUCCAUUGAGUUUUAUAUGAAGCAAACCUGCAAACAGUGUACGCCUUGCCGCGAUGGGGCCAUAUGGCUGCCCAAGAUCCUGAGGAAUUUCACCAAGGGCGAAUCCGUGCCGCAGAUGAUUGAUUUUGUGGCAGUAAUAUGCAAGACAAUGAUUGGAACGACUAUCUGUGGCCUCUCCGACAGCCAGGCAAAUGUGGCAAUGGGUCUCAUUACGCAUUUUGCACCCCAUAUUCAACAGCGCAUAGAGGCGUUUGGCAAGGAUUGCUAAAGUUCACCAUCUGUGUUUGGCAAAUAAAUUGCUUUUGAAUUGCA